AUGUCGACUACCCGUGGUCCUGCCGAUGAUCUUCUUCUUCUUCUUCUUCUCAGCUGUUUCAGGUACCUCGAUCCGUUCGUGUAUAAAAUCUAUUUCUUUCUUGAUGUCGGGCUGAAUAUUUUCUUAGCUCGGAGUCAACCCGCUCUGCAUUAAAUGAUGUCCGAGUCUGGCGAUCGUCAAGUUUUCCCUUUUUCUUUUUAGUGAUGAAUCAUCGUCGUCAACCUCGCGCAGGUUCAUUCGUGGGGUUCAACAUCGGAGGAGGUUCCUCUGCAGCGGCGGCGGUCUCCCUCCUCAAGGUGCAGGGGAUACGCCAUGUUCGCCUCUCUGAUGCAGACCACCGGCUUCUGAGCGCCCUCGCCGGCACCGGGGUGGAGGUCAUCGUCGGCGUUCAGAACGACGAGGUCCUCCGCAUCGGGCAGUCGCCGGCGGCGGCGGCGGAGUGGGUCAAGACCAAUGUUGCCACAUUCGCUCCGGCGACCAACAUCACCUUCAUCGCCGUCGGCGACGAGGUCCUCACGUCGAUCCCCAACGCCGCCGACGUCCUCGUCGCCGCCGUCGAGCACCUCCACUCUGCCCUCGUCGCCGCCGAUCUUAAUCUGCAGGUGAAGGUCUCGACGCCUCAUUCCAUGGCAGUGAUCCCGCGGCCGUUCCCCCCGUCGGCGGCGGCGUUCAACUCUACCUGGAGCUCCGUCAUGGUGGAGCUGCUGCAGUUUCUGCAGAAAACAGGGUCGUUCUUCAUGCUUAACGCCCAGCCCUACCAUGGCUACAUAGAAGGCGGCGGGAUCUUCCCUCUGGACUACGCCCUCUUCAAGCCGCUGCUCCCCAGCAAGCAGAUCGUCGACCCCAACACGCUCUCCAGCUAUGGCAACAUGUUCGACGCCAUGAUCGACGCCGCCUUCUUCUCCAUGGAAGCUCUGAACUUCUCCGGGGUCCCCGUGCUGGUGACGGAGACGGGCUGGCCGUGGCGCGGCGGCGCCGCCGCGCCUGACGCCACGAUCGGCAACGCGUUGCUCUACAAUGGCAACCUCCACCGGCACGUACUCGCCGGCGCCGGAACGCCGGCGAGGCCCAAUGCCACCGUCGGCGCGUACAUCUACGAGCUCUUCGCCGAGCCGGCGGCGGAGGAGGAGAGCUGGGGCCUGUUCUUCCCGAACGGGACGGCGGUGUACUCCAUCAACCUGGGAGCUCCGGGUUCGCUUCCUGCGAACUCGUCGGAGCUGGCCGGCGUGUUCUGCGUCGCCAACUCCAGCUCCUCCGCCAGCGAGCUGAAGGCGGGGCUCGACUGGGCUUGCAGCGUGGGGCAGGCCAACUGCACCGCCAUCCAGCCGGGGCAGCCCUGCUACGACGACGAAGACGUUCCCGCCGUCGCCUCCUUCGCCUACAACGAUUAUUACCACCGCAUGCAAGCCACCGGCGGAACCUGCAACUUUGGCGGCACCGCCUUCCUCACCACCGCCGAUCCCAGUGAGUGAGCUCUGGUUUUUCCUCCAGGGAGACAUUUCUUUCUUCUCUUUCUCAUCGCUGCUGGUGGUGGUGGUGUUCCUUGCAGGCCAUGCGGCGUGCGUGUUCGCCGGAAGGUGAGUUGUUGUGCCCCGUGGUUUCUCCUCUCUGCAAGCUGCUUUUCUUGGCUUCUCCUCACCGGCGGCGCCGCCGUUGUCUUCUGCAUUGUGCAGCUCGGGGUCGAAUGCCAGCGGCGGCACGACAUCCCCGGCCUUCGGACCCAUCAGCCCCGGCAAUGACGGGCCACCGCCGCCGCACGCCGCCGCCGCGGAGUUCAAUCUUCUCCUCCCCCUUCUUCUUCUUCUUCUUCUUCAUCUCGUCAGCUGA